GAUGAGACGGGCCCCAAAACAAAACGUCACAUUUCUGCGACGACUGGGUCACAGUGAGUCGGUUAUUGUAGUGUACAGUACACUUUAAAUACACGCAGGCAAACAUGUCUACUGCUAUGAAUUUCGGGUCGAAGACGUUUAAACCUCGGCCCCCCGACAAAGGCUCGUUCCCCCUGGAUCAUUUCGGGGAGUGUAAAGCGUUCAAAGAAAAGUUCAUGAAGUGCCUCAGAGAAAACGGCUUCGACAACUCCAAGUGCCGCCUGCAGUCCAAAGACUACCUGGAAUGCCGGAUGGACAAUCAGCUGAUGGCCAAGGAGCCGAUGGAGAAGCUGGGUUUCAAGGACCUGAUGGAUCCUCCUCCCAAUCAAGCCGGCCAAGACUCUAAACCCUGAUCUGCUGUUUCGAAACUCACGUGGUUUGGCUUUGAACAUACCACCAAGUUGUUUCGAAAAAGAUUUCGACACAAGCUGCAAAUACCCAAGAAUGUGGAAGCCAGGUCUGGAAGAGGACAUUCGAUUCACGGUCUUAGGUUGAAGCUACAGAAUAUAAACUGAUUAUGUAUAUAAAACGAAAACCUUUAAUAUAUGAAGCUGGUGUUUUGCGAUGUCAUACAUAUUUUUUGUAUUAAAACUAAUCUGUGAAAGCUUU